AUGACUGAAGAAACUGAAGUGAAUAUCAAAAAACAAGAUAUUAAAAAAAGAAAUUUUCGUAGAACUCAGGGUCCACAGACCAAUCCUAUCAAGACUGAUAAAUCAGCAAGUAAGAAGAAGAAUGUUCAUGGGAAUCAUCAAAAUAAGCCAAUUUCUAGAACUCAGGAUGACAAAAAUGCCAAUAAUGGUGAUGAUGACGAUGACGAUGACGAUGAUCACGUAUGUGUUAUUUGUACCGAGAAAUUAUAUUAUGUAGCAUUAACACCAUGUAGCCAUAAAACUUGUCAUAAAUGUUCUUUUAGACAAUUGGCUCUUUUCAAUAAGAGAGCAUGUUUAAUUUGUAGAACAGAGACCGACAGAAUGAUAUUUUCUGAAAACGUCCAUUCCAAAUUUAAUGAUCUAUCCAAAGACACUACUAUUAAAUUUAUUGAAAAUAAACAAUAUGGAAUAGAUUUCACUUCAACUGAUGUUGAAAAAGCAACUUUAUUAUUAUUAAAGUACAUAUGUCCAUUAUGUGAGAAUAACGAUAGUGGUAAUGAUGAUAAUAAUAAUAAAACAGAUUAUAAAUCAUAUAAUAAAUAUAGAGACCAUUUGAAGUCAAGCCAUAAUAAAACAAUAUGUAUGAUUUGCGCAACACAUAAUUAUCAGUUUCCAAAUGAAUUGAAGAUUUUCACACCAAACCAGCUGAAAAACCAUAUGUCAAGAGGCGAUUCAAAUGACGGGUUUAAAGGGCAUCCAAUGUGUGCAUUUUGUUCAGGUCAAAGAUUCUAUUCUGAUGAUGAACUAUAUUUACAUAUGAGAGAAAAACAUGAGAAAUGCCAUAUCUGUGACAAAAUAGAUCCUAAAUCUCCACAAUAUUUCAAAGAUUACAAUCAGCUAUUUAGUCACUUUCAGACAUCACAUUAUAUUUGCACUGUUCCAGCAUGUUUAGAUGCUAAAUUUGUUGUAUUUGGUGAUGAGUUGGAAUUACAAGCUCAUAUCUUAAAAGAACAUGGUGAUAUCAUUAGAGGGAAACCUAAAUUCUUUCAAUCAGAAUUAUCUACGUUUAUGUCAGGUCCUUCAAGAGUUGUUAGAGAGAAUAACGUUAGCAAUAAUUUUAGGAAUGAUUCCUUAUUACAAAAUGAUUCUUCAAAUAAUGAAACACCGGAGUUGAAAAAAAUUAGGUUGGAGGAAAGAGCUAAGCACUAUUUGAAUCAAUCCUUGGAUCAAUUCUCUACAUUCCAAUCAUUUACUCAAGAUUAUGACAAGGGUAGAAUCAGUGUCACAGAUUUAUUAAAUGCUUACAAGACUAUAUUUACAUCCCCUGAAGCAAAUAUAUAUUUGCUAAUUCAUAACCUUUCGGAGAUUUAUCCAAAGGGGUCUAAAAAAUUUAAAGAAUUAGAUACUAUCUACACAAAUCACGAGCAAAUGAAGCAAAGAAGUCAAGAGUUGCCAUCUUUAACCAGUGAUCCAUUUAUUGCUACAGCAAGAGGUUCAUGGGGUAAUAUUAAUGUUGGUUCACAUUCUUCAAGCUCAAGUAGAAAUGCUAGUAGAACAGAUCUAAAGAAUUUACCAACUUUGAAAGCUCCAUCUCCUAACCAUGAUCCAUUCAGAUCCCCAUAUCAAACAAAAACAUUAAAAGUAUCAAGUAAACCUGUUGUAAAACCAUUAGCUAGAACCACAAUUCAAAACUCGAAUAUAAUUUCAUCUAAUAAAAAUGUAGGUGUUAAUAUUGCAACAAAUAACACCGUUAUGUUUUCAACAGCAUAUUUACAAUCUAAAAAGUCUGAGUCUCCAGCUCCACUAUUGCAAAAAUCAAUAACUAAUAGUGGUACUAAUAACAAUUCUAAAAAUAAAUUAGCAGAUUUAGAUUUACCCUCAUUACCAACUCCUAAAAGGAAAACAUAUCCACCUGUCAACAAGGUUGUUUUACCAGAUCCUAAAAAUUGGGGUAAAGAUAGUGAAACUUCAAAGGAGAAUCAAUUAGAAGAUGGCUUUUCUUUAUUAAAUAUCCAAAGUGAUGGGAAGGAUAAGAAAGGGAAGGGGAAACAAAAGCAAUUAUUGUUCCACAUUGGUGUUUAA